AUAUGAUAGCAACCGUUGCCCGGGAAACAGAGGCCUAGGCAGCCUGGGCCUUGGAGUGGAAGAGGAAGAGUGUGAUAUUAUUAAUAACACAAAGAGAUGGACAGUGAUUAAAAGUUACUAAGAGAGAGUAUGUUUGUGAUAGAGGGUAACAGGUGAUCAGACUUAAGUUUGAGGCGAUCGAAACUGAACUGGAGUAUUAUUGGGGAAGGGGGAAAGUGGAGGAGAGAGAAAUAGGGAGAAAUAAUCCAUAUUGCUGUGUGAUAGAGAGAUAGAAUAAGAACUAAAUAAACAAGGAGGGGGGGGGGGGUACUAUCGAGUGGGGAAAGUGAAGCAGAAUUGUAGAGCCACAGAAUGAUAGGGGAGAAGUUAAACUGAACUAAAGAAAGGAAAAGAGAUUAUAUAGAGAGGGCAGAAACUGUCAGAGGGCAAAGGGGGAAUAGAAAGUACAACGAGCUAGAGAGAAGGAAUCAAAAUGAUGGAGCGGGAGGAUAAAGCGUACAGUCCAAACCCGACUGAGUCGCAGAAGCAGAGUGAAUUUCCUAGUGCCACAGAGAGUGAUGAGAAGAUGGUACAGAUGGAGCCCGAGCUGAACCUGGAUUUCGCAAGUGAAACUAUGAUCCGAAAUGCAAAGGCUUAUUUGCUGCAGAAAAGCACCAUAUCUAACCUCAACCUCUAUGAUCACCUCUCUGAGUUAAUGACCAAGGUGCUGGACGAGCGGCCCAUCGACGCUGUGGACAUCAUCGAAGAUAUCAGCAAAAAGAUCAAGAAGUCACGCUUCUCCAAGAAGAUAGACACCCUGCGAGAUGAGUAUGAAACAUCAAUGGCCCACAGCCUGGCUGAGGUUCAGAAAACUCUCUUCAUCAAGGCAACGGAGGAAGAGGACGUAGCUGACCACGAGGAGGAAAUGCAGUUGGAGACUCCUCUCCCGAACGUGAUGGAGAUGGCCUUUUACUUUGAGCAGGCAGGCGUGGGCCUGAGCAGGAACGAGAUGUACUGCAUCUUCCUGGCCCUGAAGCAGCUGGUCGAGACGCAGCCGCUGCAGAAAUGCCGCUUCUGGGGUAAAAUCCUGGGGCUGAAAGGGAAUUACAUCGUGGCGGAGGUGGAGUUCCGGGAGGGCGAGGAAGACGCAGAGGAGGUGGUGGAAGAGGAGAAGGAAGAGGAAAAGGAAGAGUACAAGGAGGAGACGGAGCCGGAAGCCGAGGAAGAGGGAGAGGUGGUGGAAGAUAAGCCUCCAGCAUCGACAUACAAACCACCGCCGGUUAUCCCAAAGGAGGAAAACCGCUCUGGAGCCAACAAGUUCACCUAUUUUGUCUGCAGCGAGCCAGCCAAAAUCUGGACAAAGCUUCCCACUGUCACACCAGCGCAGAUCACCACAGCCAGGAAGAUCAAGAAGUUCUUCACCGGCAACUUGGACGCCCCCAUCACCAGCUACCCGCCCUUCCCUGGCAACGAGAACAACUACUUGAGGGCACAGAUCGCCCGCAUAUCCGCCAGCACUCAGAUCAGCCCGCUGGGCUUCUACCAGUUUGGGGAGGAGGAGGAGGAGGAAGAGGAAGGGCCGGUGAGGGAGAACUACGAGGAGAAUGCCGACUUCGAGAGCAUCCCGGUGACAGAACUGUUGGACAACCUGGCGAACUGGGUCCACCACACAGCGCACAUACUCCCACAGGGCCGAUGUGUGUGGUUCAAUGCUGUUCAGAAGAAGGAGGAGGAUUUUGAUGAGGAGGAGGAGGAGGAGGAAGAGGCACCAGACGAGCCCGAGCCAGAGGUGGGACCUCCUCUGCUGACUCCACUGUCAGAGGAUGCAGAAAUCAGUGGUAUCGCCCCUUGGUCAAUGAAGGCUUCAUCCAUUCUCAUUCCUCAAUACGCCAUUGCUGUGGUCCGCUCCAAUCUCUGGCCAGGAUCGUGGACCUUCGCCAUUGGAAGGAAGUUCGAGAACGUGUACCUGGGCUGGGGCCACAAGUACAGUCCGGAGAACUACAGCCCCCCUGCGGCCCCCUCCGUGCAGGCAGAGUACGCCAGCGGGCCGGACACCACCGAGGUCGACGACCCAACCGUGGAGGAGGAGCAGGCGCUGCGAGCCGCCAUCGAGGAGCGUCUGGCAGCCGCUGAGGAGGCGGAGGAGGAGGAGGAAGAGGAGGAGGAGGAGGAAGAUGAGAACUAAGUCGGGCAAGCAAUUUCCCCACUCACACUAAGACUUUGCUUUGCUUUUGUCUUUUUUAAUGUUAAACCCAAAUGAUUAUAUUUACCCAGGACAAAUACCAACUCUGUAAAUUUAACUAACUCUUGUUUUCGAAAGAUAGGUGGAUUGGAGAUAAUAAAGGUUUUCUGCAUUGUGAA